AUGUCUGAUGGCCUCCCUAACCAACACCAACAACCUCCCCAGCUUGCUGCCAACUUCUACCCACAACAACACCCCUACUUUGCCGAGGGGACGAACCAAGGGAACCAGAUGGACCCCGUACCACCGCAGUGCCCGAUGGCACCACAAACAUCUCAGCAUCGCCAGCCAAGAGACCUCACCUACCAGAAAGAGCUUGACUCCGCCAGAUACCACAUGGACAUGGGAUCAAACUAUGACACCUGCAUUCUCAGACCCUUCUUUGACAUGCUGGACUGGCACGAUGCCUACAUCCAAACUGCUGAACAAGCAGGUUGGAACACCAUUGCCACCCCACGGCCUGAGCUCAAUGGUGAUGAGAAUCUCAACACAUCAGAUUCCCAUGAACAAGUUGCUGCACUCAAGGAACAAAUAUCCUCCCUGCAAUCUCAACUGCAGUCCCUUACCUCAGAUCCUCUCCUCUCCAAUGAAUCCUCAGACAAACCCACUCUCCUCCAGAGAAUGCACAUCCCUGCUGAACCCAGUCUCUUACACAGAAUGCAACCCAAACAUGCACACUCCCAUUCCCCAUCACCCGACUCAUCGGACAAGGACGAAACAAGGUUUAAGAAACCAAAGCUGGAUAAAUCAAAAAUUAGCUUUCUCAAAAAGAAAGUGGGCACUAAAUCUCUCUCACCUAGACACAAAGCCAUUGCCAAGCAAGUUGAGAAUUUCGGCCAUGACAUCAAUACCACAGUCCAAAUGGUUAUCAACAAUCCAUACAUGCCCCCCUUCCCGCCCUCACUCUGGAAACAAGUCCUUCUCGACCAACCUGUGGACUUCAACCUCAUCCUCUCCCAUGCCCUCAGCCCCUUUGCUGACACCUACACCAUUGACGACAAGGGAAACUUCACCACAUCCAAACAGCAACUUACCCAUGAGGUCAGAACUGAGGGACAAUGGAACCGAGUCUGGCGUAUCUACGCAGAUGCCAUCUGCGCGAUCUUCACUGAACCUGACCAAUGCGAUGAGCUCAGAGAGUAUGAAACCCACAUUGGAAAACUCUUUGGUUCUACUGUCCACACCUACAUCCAUGCUGCCUGCAGGUCCAUUGGAGAAUCACGACGAAUCCUCUUUAACAAUACCCAAGAGUUUAUCCACCUCAAAGACAUGUAUAUCUUGUCUGAUGGAGCUGGCGUCAUCAGUUCAAGGCCUCCUACAGCAUGA